AUGGAUUAUCAAAAUGGAUAUGGUGUGGAAGUGACUGGGUUAUCUCCAGCUGUUACUGAGAAAGAUCUCAUUGACUUCUUCUCCUUCUCUGGUGCAAUCGAAUAUAUUGAUAUUGUUAAAUCGGGUGAGCAAGCUUGUACUGCUUAUGUGAUGUUCAAGGAUUCUUAUUCUCAGGAAACUGCUGUUUUACUCAGUGGCGCAACGAUAUUGGAUCAGCGCGUUUGCAUAACUCGUUGGGGACAGCAUCACGAAGCGUUUGACUUCUGGAACGGGGCUCCGCGAGGUUUUGAAGAUGAAACAAGCUCACAUCCUCCUCCUCAACAAAGCGAGUUCAACGCCGGAGAAGCAGUGACGAAAGCUCAAGAAGUUGUGAAAACAAUGCUAGCCACUGGGUUCGUGCUAGGCAAAGAUGCUUUAACCAAAGCUAAAGCCUUUGACGAAUCCCAUGGAGUGUCAGCUGCUGCAGCGGCUAGAGUAUCUCAACUAGAGCAGAGGAUUGGUCUCACUGACAAAAUCUUUGCCGGAGUUGAAGCUGUAAGAUUGACUGACCAAAGGUACCAUGUUUCAGACAGGGCCAAAUCAGCUGUCUCCGCCACAGGAAGAACCGCGGCCGCAGCUGCAACUAGCGUUGUCAAUAGCAGUUACUUCUCCAGCGGAGCUCUUUGGCUAUCGGGUGCGUUAGAGCGAGCGGCUAAGGCUGCUUCUGAUAUCGGUAACCGUAACUCCAGGCAGUGA